CAUUUCUCUUGCCUCUUUGUUACGAGCAUAUAAGCAGGGGUGGUUAACAACUUUUGAUCAGUUUAAUCCUUGUUGUGUUACUGGGAGAAUGGUUCUUUCUUUUUUCAGUUCUGCGAUGCAGGUCACGAAGAUAAUAGUGGCAUUAUCUGUCCUGGCAGCUAAUGCUGAUGAAAUAAGGGAUACUACAUUCAACGAAACUGAUCUUCCUCAUUUCAACGAAACUGAUCUUCCUCAUUUCAACGACACUGAAGCAGACGUUCAGUUAGACAACGACACUAACGUGGAGGAAAGGCAAUUAUUCCCCCCACUACUUCCCAUUCCCUCUCUUCAGUUGCCCUCGUACAAUGUUGCCUUUAGUGUAAGAAAAGCUACUGAACGCCUCACAGCCUUCGCUCACGUCCAUUUUCGGGAUGUCAUAACAAACAUAGGGGCAGGUUGGGAUCCCUCAAACAACGAAUUUGUGGCCCCUUACAAUGGCGGAUACUACUUUUCUUUCCAUGCAGUCGGCGCCAGAAUUGGAGACUUCACAAUGGCUCUAGUGAAAAAUGGUGUUUAUCAAGUAACUGCCUACGGAACCCAAACGUCCUUGGAGCACGGGUCCAACUCGGUGUUCCUGGAGCUAAGGAGACAAGACAGAGUUUACCUGCAAUUGCAGCAGGGUAGCAUCUACGAACACCCCGCCAACGAAGCAUAUACAACAUUCACUGGGUUUCUAGUGUUUAAUUUAUAAUGUUAGAUUUGUUUAAUAUACUGAAUGAUUACAAAAUUUUCUAUAGAAC